CCAUGAACUUUAUAUUUACUAGAGUACUACACUAUGAUUUAACAAGAUAACCAAGAUUCUGCAAAGUGUAUCCCCAAUCUCCUAAAGUAAAGUUUGUAUAAACUAAUUACUGUUCGUGUAACCUUACAUAAUUGCAGCCUAAAGCAAAGGUAAGGACAAAAUAAGUAUAUUAAUUAAUGUUUGAUUUCACGUGAAUGCUAUAAAAAAAAGAAUACUGGAGUACAUGCGAAAGAUGUCAUCAAAUGACAGCAAUAGUUCAGGAUGCUACUGUACUACAAAAUCACUUCGUGCCAUUGCUGUCGGUGGUAGGAAAUUUAAGAUGAACACAAGUUUAAAAGAUCAUUCCCAUUUACGAAAUAUAUUUGUUUUUUUUUGGUGCAAAUGUUAAAAAAAUAUCUAACUUUUUAUAUAAAUCCAUGAACUUUAUAAAUUAUAAAUGCUGUAUGGUAUCUAAAAAGUAAAAACAAAGUGCUUUCUCAAAAAGUUGGAAAAAACUUGGAGUUACUCAUAGUUAAUCAAAAGUCAAGUCUACUCAACAUUACUCCCUCCCUGCACAUCCAAACACAAUCCAAAAUUACAACACCAUUAUCCAAUGACUGAUCGACACGCGUCAAGGUACAAUCACGGUCAGCUUUCUUUUUCCCUCCACCUACACACUAGAGAGAGAAUUAGAAAGGAGUGAGAAACACAGUUAGAGAGAGAGAUGUGUGACAAACUCAGUCCGGUCGGCAACGAGAAACAGAGUACGAGAACAUCGAAUAGGAUCAAGAAGCGGAAACACAUGGAAUCAAAUUCCAUAUACAAGUCUCCUUCAAAUCUUCAAACGUCUCCUUCAAAUAUUGAAACGUCUCGUAAGCACAGAAAGAACAACAAAAAGCUCAAACAGAGCAAGACAAAGGGAGCUGAUGCGACGCCGUCUAAGGAGAAGAAGAGAGCGGAGACUGUGGGAGGAGAGAAAGAAGAAGAGCAUUACGACACCGUUGCGGCUUACCUCUUUAACUCCGCCAACGACAGCACAAUCUCUUCGAUACUCCCUUACUCCUCUUCCGCUGAGUUAGACUGCGACGGAGGAAGGAAUCAUUCUCCGUACGAUCGUCAGGAUCACGGGUCGUCUUCUUCUUCUUCGCUUCUAAGGACGGCGAUGAAGAAAGGAGCGAGGAAGGAGGGAGAGACGACGGAGGAGCGGUGGGUGAGUUAUUCCGAGGUUGUGGAUGAGGUGGUGAGUCGGAGCGGAACUCCACGGUGUUGCGGCGGAGAUGGAAACGAGGGACGGUCUUCUCUGGCUCUGAAGCUUGAUUAUGAGCAGAUCAUGGAGGCUUGGUUGGAUAAAGGUACUCUUUAUGUCGACGGAGAACCGCCGCAGACGGUGCCGGACUUGCAUGCUUCCGCUGACGUGUUUACCAGCGGUGGAGAGGCAUUAUGGGCGGUGCCGAAGAUGGAGACAAUGGAGAGGUUAUGGAGAGGGCAUAGGGAAGCUAGUUUGCUUCGGUAUAAAGAGAAGCGGCAAAGCCGCUUUUUCUCUAAGCGGAUUCGAUACCAAGUUCGUAAGCUCAACGCUGAGAAACGUCCUCGUAUUAAAGGCCGGUUCGUGAAGAGAGAUGAUUUAUAGACCACUGAAAACUGGUGGUUUAGACUUGCGGUUUGUGGACAUACUACUAGUCUUUUCGAAAUAACCAAGCGGCGGAUGUUUGGUACGUAGUAUAAUAUUAGAGACGUUAGGGCCGAACUGGAUUAUACCGAGAUAUGAAAGGUGUUGGUCUGUAUAGGGGUACUGACCAGCUCGGUUAUGCAGAAGUUUUCGGUUUGUUUCCCCGUUUUAGUUCUAUUAUUAUAGAAAACUUUUAACUAAUCUGUACCAAAUCAUCUGAACAAAUAAUAAUAAUGAAAAUGGAUAUUGACGUUUAGAGAUAAUGGAGUGCAUCAUAUUUCUUGUGUUAUCGUUUUCAGCAUAUAACGAAAUUAUCUCAUACUAAGUAAAUAAAACAAACUAAGAGUAUGAAACUUUCUGAAAACCUUAAAAUAUAUUACAUGUAAACAUUAAUUUUACAAAUUCAAUAUAGAAAUUUAUAUGAUUAGUAUAGUGCAUUAUGUAUGACAAUCCUAUCUAGUAACUAUUCUUGGCUGCUUUUAUAUUUUACUUAGAAGUACUUAACAAACAACUAAUUUGACAAAUUUGUUUAGUUGUUUAUACGAUUAUAGUGAGACAAGAAGCGGAAAUGUUGUUACGAUCAAGAAGCUUUUUCUCUUUGAAGGCAGGAUCUUCUAACAACAACACCUUGUCUUUUUCUCCAACACCAACCAUGUGUAGAUAUUCAUCAUCCUCUCUUUCUUUCCCUUUGAAUAAUAGCCUUUGUUGUUUUGGCUCUAAACCGGUAAGCAGUGAUAGUACCAUCUUAAGUUCUCCUGUAAAUCCGUAAGUAUAAAUUAGUUGUAAUAUCAUGAAUAUUUGUAUGGCCUAUAAUUUCUCAUUAGAAAAAUAAAUUUGACAUUCUAUUUUA